AUGGAGGAAGGAAGAGGCGCCAACUUCGACGGUGUGAGCACCGACCGCCUUGAAAAGGAGUUACUGGAAGAAAUCCAUCAGAAGGAUAUAGUGCAACUAUCAAUGCUUGAAAUAAUACACAGGAUAGAGGAACUGGAAGCCAAACUCAAUACUGAUGACAAAGGUGGUGAAUGGAAAGUUCGUUAUGAGACACAACUUGAACUGAAUGAUCAAUUAGAAAAGCAAAUUGUUUCUCUGGAAGAGAAAAUGAAAAAAAUUUGUGGAAAUCCUUCAGAUAGAUUGUCUUUUAUCCGUGUCUAUGAAAAAAUGCCAGUGGAAUCCUUAAAUAUAUUACUUAAACAGCUAGAAAAAGAGAAAAGGAGGCUUAAAAAUCAAGUGAAAGACUAUGCACUGAGACUGGAACAAGAAUCAAAGGCUUACUACAAGACCAACAAUGAGUGCCAUACCUAUCUAGCUGAAAUGUCUCAGGUCUCUGACUCAUACCAUGUUUCUAAAAGGCAACAGAUGGAUCAACUGCCUAGAAUGAAAGAGAAUUCAGUGAAAAUGGUAAGAUAUAAUCCAGUUAAUCAGAAGACAAUGAAUGCCAAGAGAGGACCAGGAAAAAAGAUUACAAGAUCAAACUAUCUUCCAAAACUCGAUCCAUAA